AUGAAACUGAUAUCAAUUUUAAUUUUAUCACAAUUGUUGUUGUUGGUUACAUUGGUCGGUGGUCAAGGUUGUACAUUACAUACCAAUAAUCUACUCUAUGAUUUCACACCACUAAUAUCAAUGACAGAGUAUGUAGGUUCAAUAGAUUCAUUUUAUUUCUAUAUCAAUAUAUGUCAAUCACCGAAAUCAUGCAUGAAUAAAUUCCCUGGUAGUGGUAUUUGUAUUUCCGAUACAAUUUCACCAGCACCUGCGUUUAAUGGUGGUCAAAUUGAAGACAGUGUUUUUAGACCAUUAGUUAUUAGUCACCAACAACAUUAUUUAUUUACAAAACAAAAACAACAACAACAACGACAAAAACCUAUAGACGAUGGUAAUAGAGGAGGUCAAAUAGAAUAUAAACAUGGCACAGAGUGUGGUAUGUAUCCUAUGAGAUCGACCGUGAUUAGAUUGCGAUGCUCUGAAUCCGCCACUAAGCUCGAAAGAGUUUCACAACCAAUAACCUGUAAAUAUGUAAUAGAUAUAUCUAGUUAUUUGGCAUGUCCAAUGUCAGACUCUGGAUCGUCAACAUCGUCCGGUGAUUCAUCGAGUGGCUAUCCAACGAGUGGAGAAUCGACAACGUCACCCUAUACCACUUCUUAUCCAACGAGUGCAAUAUCAGGCACUACUGCUUCUGCUCAUUCAACAACCACCUCUACCACCUCUCGUACAACAACAACAACAUCUACAACAACAGCAUCUACUUCUAUUCAUACUACUACUACUACUACAGGAACAACAACAUCAAAAACAUCUACCUCCUCUACAACAUAUUCUGGUCAAUCUUCGACUACAACAGGUGCUGGUAUGAUAUCAACGGUUUCGACAACCAUAAACAAUGGUGUUACCACAACAGGUAAUGAGGUAUAUAAGAAUAAUAUUAUGACAACCACCGGUAGUCUCACAGGUAGAGGUAUUUCAACUUCAGGUUCAAUAGGAACGACAUCUGGACAUAUAUCAACAACAGGAGGUCAAGUAUUGACUACAGCAUCAGAUUCUUCCUCCACCUCCUCUUCCACAACCAACUAUUAA